CACUUAAUAAUACCCUUUAUACAAUUGACUUUCAGCAUUUACCUCAUUUUCGUGUUUCUAAUAUAUUUAUGCCUAUCCUACAAAAAUCUGUUGGUGAGAAAACACAAUUUAUUUUAACUAAAACACAUAAAUUACAACUUUUAGAAGAAAAUAAAGUAGAUAAUAAAGUUGAAUCUCAACCAGCCAUUGUUAAUCUAUUCAUGACAAAACACCGUGGGUGGCCAUCUAAACGAUUCAAGAGUGCAUUAGAGCAGACCGCAAAUUCUCAAAAAAAUAUUCAUAAUCCCAAUAGUACAAAUGUAAAUAAUAGUCAAAGGAAUCAAAACAAAUAUGCUAACUGUGAAAAUUAUGGGCAUAAUGUUCGAACUUGUAAUCUUGCAAGCUAA